UUAAGACACUACUUUCGCUCGUCUUGCUUUAGGCUAUCCGAUUCCAAAAGCUCAGCGUCUAAAAAUGCCCCCCGCGAUCUCAUCCAAUGCUCCCUCCCCUUCUUUUUGUUCUUCUGGAUCAGAUUUCCCCUUUUGGUAAUCCAUCUCGUCCCAGAUGAGCUUUUCUCGAUCCUUCUUCCUCCUUUUCUUUUCGAGAGAUCUCGAUCGCCGAGACGGAAGAAGGAAGUAGCAGGAUCGGAUACCUUGCUGGAGGAAAAUUGUGUCGUUGGGGAGGCCUCACGAGCGAUGCUGCCUGGGAUUGGGUUGCUGUGUUCUUUGUGAUCCGUUGAGGGGGGAGUUGGCGGUGGGGACCCAACUGAUCGGGUAGAGAGGCAGGGUGGUGGUGGUUGUGGUGGUGGGUCGGGCUGCGUUGCUGGUCUGGAUUGCUUACUCGGCGUCGUCAGGGCCCUCCGGAUGGGGUCCUGUCUCUCGGUGGAUGGGUGUAGCCACUCCUCCGCCCCUUCCUCGCCAUCUUCGCCGGCGUCCGGAACGAGGCGGAGCCGCAGAGGGUCCCGGCGGAGGCCCCAGAGGAGCUCGUCCAGGAGGGAGGAGCAGGUCCAUAGGAUCCCCGGGAGGAUGUUCCUGAACGGGGCCAGCGCUGUUGCUUCGCUCUUCACCCAACAGGGAAAGAAGGGGACCAACCAGGACGCCAUGAUCGUUUGGGAGAAUUUUGGCUCAAGAAAUGACACUAUUUUUUGUGGGAUUUUCGAUGGUCAUGGUCCAUAUGGUCAUAUAGUUGCUAAAAAAGUCAGAGAUGUUCUCCCUUUAAAGCUGACUGCUACUUGGGAAAGUGAGGAAUGUAACACUUCAGAGGCAAGUUCACCUCGAUCCCUCAGAGAGGAUAAUAGGGCUUCCAUCAACUUUGAAGAAAAUGGUGACGACUCUCAGAUCUUUAUGACACUGAAAGAAUCAUUUCUCAAGGCUUUUAGAAUCAUGGAUAAAGAGCUAAGACAACACCCUGAUAUUGAUUGUUUUUACAGUGGCACAACAGCAGUCACUUUGAUCAAGCAGGGCCAACAACUUUAUAUUGGAAAUGUUGGAGAUUCAAGAGCAGUACUUGGAACCAGAGACCAAGAUAACUCCAUAGUUGCAGUUCAGUUGACUGUGGAUCUUAAACCUAAUCUUCCAAAUGAAGCAGAAAGAAUAAGGCUGUGUAGGGGCAGAGUUUUUGCUCUCAAGGAUGAGCCCGAUGUGGCUCGAGUUUGGCUGCCUAACAAUAAUGUCCCAGGCUUGGCUAUGGCACGGGCAUUGGGGGAUUUUUGCUUAAAAGAUUACGGUUUGAUUUCCGUGCCUGACAUUUCAUAUCGGCAAAUCACAGAAAGAGAUGAGUUCAUCGUCUUGGCUACUGACGGGGUCUGGGAUGUGCUCUCCAACAAAGAAGUGGUAGAUAUAGUUGCUUCUGCUCCAGCUAGGGCUUCUGCUGCUCGCUCUCUUGUUGAGUCGGCUGUGAAGGCCUGGAAGCUUAAAUAUCCGACUUCGCGAACUGACGAUUGUGCUGUAAUUUGUCUCUUUCUUCAAUCUCAGACAUCCAACAUUUCCACCGAUGUCUCCAUCCAUUCCCAAGUUGGUGAACCAUUGACUCCCUGCACAACUGAUGGCAACAAGCAAGGACCUUCCAGUUCAACUUCCCACAAUGGUGAUGACACUGUUCCAACAGUGGUCGCUGAUGUCAAUGUCAGCUCGGUAGAUGGAAGUAAUUGGUCGAUCCAACAGGGUGUCGCUCGAGUGGAUACCUUGUUGUCAUUGCCCAGGUUUACUGAAGGGAACAAGCAGUCAACAAGAACCAAGACUCAAAAACUAGCUUGAGAAGUCGACCUGCAUAUCAUCACCAUAAGAGCAGCACGGACUUUUUUUUAGCGUGUCUAGCUGCUCUCUCAUUCGCAUUUCAUUGCAUAAGCAUUCAAUUAGUUUCCUUUUAUCCAAACAUGGCAAUCUUUAUUCUAAUUCAUUCAUUUGUAAUAAUUUUUCCGACGAUGCAAUUUUUUGAAGUCUUAAAACUGUUUUUUUAGAAUGAAAUUCUUUUACAAAGUCA